GUUCCCCUCCCCAACCCGCAAACCCUAUUGAUUGACUGCAUGCCUUUGUCGGCGCAUGUAUCAGAGUAUAAUUGUGCAAUCAGCUGAAUCGGCGCUUCUCGAAACUGACACUGCCAUUCAAUCUCGGAUUCUCCCAGCGCGUGCGCCCCUCCAUCGUCAGACCGUCAACGACGCGUGUAGUUCAAGAUGGGGAAGUUAAUACGACUCGAGCUUUCUAGUAUGCUGGUCGCAUCAAUCAUGCAAAAUUCUAGCUGACUGCUCUUAGAUUUCAAGUCUUACAAAGGGCACCACAUCCUCCUCUUCGGUGAUUCCUACUUUACCUCCAUAAUUGGUCCCAAUGGCUCCGGAAAGUCCAAUUCGUAGGUUAUUGAGUCCAAAUUAUAAUCGCGCCUCUGACACAUUGGACAGUAUGGAUGCUAUUUCCUUCGUUCUCGGUAUAAAAGCAUCCCAUCUUCGUUCGGCGCAUCUGAAAGACCUCAUUUAUCGCGGCAGGGUGUUGAAGACCUCGAAAAUCAACGACGAUGGAUCGGCCGCUGCCCCUGCAGCAAAUGGACAUGCCAAUGGAGAUGCAGAUGGAGAGUCACAAUCCCAGCCAGCCGCCCGAAAUGACCCUAAAACCGCCUGGGUGAUGGCAGUCUACGAAGAUGAUGCCGGAGACGAGCAGAAAUGGAAGAGGCAGAUCAACAGCAACGGUUCCAGUGAAUAUAAGAUCAACGAUCGGAAUGUCACCGCGCAGCAAUACAAUGAAGCUCUGGAGGCAGAAAACAUCCUGAUGAAAGCUAGAAACUUCUUGGUUUUCCAGGGCGAUGUGGAGGCGAUCGCGUCGCAGUCACCGAAAGACCUCACUAAGUUGAUUGAGUUAGUCUCUGGUAGUUUGGAAUACAAGGCGGAGUACGAGCGACUGCAAGAAGAAGCAGAACAGGCAGCGGAGAACCAGAAUUAUAAUCUCCACCGGCGCCGUGGUAUCAACUCGGAAAUCAAGCAAUAUCAGGAGCAGAAGAAGGAAGCAGAGGCAUUUCAAAACAAGCAGGAUGAGAGGGACGAUGCAAUAGUUCAGCACAUACUUUGGAAACUGUAUCAUUUUCAACAAGUUAUAGAUGAGUCAACCUCUAGCAUCAGCGAACAUCAGAACAAUCUGCAAGAGUUUCGACGGGGAGUAGCAAAGUAUGAGACCCAGCUCGAGAACGCACGCAAAGAAUCAGCAGAAGUGUCUAAGAAAGUCGCGAAGGUUGAGAAGAGCAUCAAGAAGAAGGAAAAGGAGGUCGAAGAGAAAGAAAAUAGCUUGGUCCCUAUUGACGAGAAGAUCGGCCUUACCAACAAUCAAAUCGAGAAGCUUAGGCGGCGGUUGACAACUUUGGUCAAAGAGCGACAAGAAAUCAAGGAAAAGAUUGAAAGCUCGCAGAAGCAGUUAGCGAUCGUUGAGAAGGCUCAGAAACAGUUUGAGAAGAAGUGGGAGGAGUCACUCAAGCAGCAAGGCAAACAACUCAACGAGGACGAUCUUAAAGAGUAUAACACUCUGAGAUCCCAAGUCAUCACCAAAACCUCCAAGAACCAGUCAAAAUUGGACAACUUCUUACGUCAAAUGAAAACUGAUGAAGUUACCUUCAACAGUCUCAAAGGAAAAAUAGAAAACCUUGAAGCAACAACGCAUAAAGUCGAGGAAGAGAUCACUAGUAUCGAAGAGCGCAAAGAAGCUACCAAGUCUGCUGUCAGAGAAAUUUCCCAGGAAAUCGACACCAAAAAGAAGGAGUUCAACAACAUACAAUCCGAGCGAGUUCGGGUGAACCAGGUUCGCACGGAACUUGAUGAAAAGUUACAAGAAGUUCUCAAAACUUUGCAGGAUGCUGACGCUGGCGCAAGGCAAAAUGACAAGGAAGCUAGGACCAGAGAAAUGAUCGUGUCUUUGAAGAGAAUCUUCCCUGGAGUUCGCGGCCGUAUAGGAGAGCUUUGCAAGCCAAAACAAAAGAAAUUUGAUGAGGCUGUCAUCACUGCACUUGGUCGAGACUUUGAUUCAGUAGUUGUGGAUACCGAGAAAAUUGGCUCUGAAUGCGUCAAUUACCUCAAAGACCAGCACUUCUCACCGAUGACGUUCAUUCCUCUCGAUAACAUCAAAGUCACAGCUGUCGAUUCGAGUUUGAAAAGCUUGAAUAAAGCUCGACUUACUAUUGACACAAUCACUUUCGAUUCAUCUCUUGAGCGUGCUAUGGCAUUUGCCUGUGGAAGUUCUAUUGUUUGUGAUGAUAUGGAAACUGCAAAGAAUAUAUGCUUCAAAAAGAACAUACAAGUCAAGGCCGUGACUCUUGGAGGAUCGGUCAUUCACAAAGCUGGAUUGAUGUCUGGUGGAAAGGGACCAGAUAGGGGCAGCAAACGAAAAUUCGAAGACCAGGACAUUGAGCUUUUAAGGAAACAACAAGCAAUGUAUCGCGAACAAAUUGAGGCUCUUCCAAAUCUCAGUCGGCGGGGUGCAGCGGAAGAGCUUUUGCAAAAUGAUCUCAAUGGACUUGAACAGAGAUUGGCGUACGCAAAGAGCGAGCUUGCUUCUUUUGAGCGCAACUUGAAAGACCUUCGAAAGGAACUUUCCCACGAGAAGCGCCAAUUGGCAGAGAUGAAACCAAAGUAUGAAGAAAAGAAGAACGAGCUCGAGUCAAUUCAACAGACCGUGGAGGAAUUUCAAGCAGCUGUUUCCAAAGUUGAAGAUGAUAUUUUCAAAGACUUUUGCAAAAGACUUGGUUAUUCGGAUGUGCGGAGCUACGAGGCGCAGCAAGGUUCCUUGGAACAAGAAGCUGCUGAGAAGAGGACUGAGUUCAAGGUUCAGAAGAUGCGCCUGCAGCAAGGCUUGAACUGGGAGUCCAGCCAGUUCAAUGAAAUUGACGGGAGAGUCAAGAAGAUGGAAACCCAGAUAGAAAGCUAUGAGAACGAUAUCGAAACAUACACCGCUGAGAAGACUGCCCUUGAAGAGGCGAUUGACCGGGACAGAGCACAGCAGACAGCUUUGGAAGACGAACUUCAGAAGCAAAAGGAAAAACUGAUGGCUAGGAAUGAAAAAGUCACUGCUGCACGGAAUGAGCUACAAAAACGAAGCAAAGACAUUGACAAUCGAACCAAAGCAAUUACAGCGCUCGAAACAGAAAUUCAGCGUAAUAGUGCAGGUCGUUACGCCUUGCUUCGUCGUUGCAAGCUUGAGCAAAUUGCAAUUCCUCUCCAGGACGGUUCAAAGAAGCUAGACAGUCUUCCUGUUGAAGACAACUUUGCUCAACUUGACCCAGAUGCGAUGGAUGUGGAUGAGGAGGAGGAGGUUGAAAAUGAUCAACCAGUGGAGGGUGUCAAAGAUUAUGGGAUCGUGGUCGAUUUUGAGCAUCUCGAUGACGAUUUGAAAAAGGUAAGGUUUCUAUUCUGAGUAGUACAAAAGUUAUACUAAUUUCUAUCCAGCCGGAUGAGGAUGAAGUAGAAGAUAAACUACUGCAGAGAAUCAACGAUCUGAAUUCAGAACUCGAGAAACUCAAUCCAAACAUGCGAGCUAUAGAUCGUUUAGACGGCGUAGAAGCGCGACUGAAGUCAACCGAGAAAGAUUUCGAGGACGCUCGACGCAAGGCCAAGAGUUCUCGCGAUGCUUUCAAUGAAGUCAAAGAGAAACGUUUUGAGCUCUUCAACAAAGCCUUCACACAUAUUUCCGAGCAGAUUUCGCAUGUCUACAAGGACCUCACCCGAUCCGCUGCAUAUCCCCUUGGUGGACAGGCAUAUCUUGACUGUGAGGAUGGUGACGCGCCAUAUCUCUCUGGUAUCCGAUAUAAUGCCAUGCCUCCAUUGAAGCGUUUCCGUGAUAUGGAGCAUCUCUCUGGAGGUGAGAAGACCAUGGCAGCUCUCGCUCUACUCUUUGCAGUUCACUCCUAUCAGCCAAGUCCCUUUUUCGUACUUGAUGAGGUUGAUGCUGCGCUUGACAAUGCCAAUGUCGAGAAGAUCAAGAACUACAUUCGCGAGCAUGCUGGACCCGGCAUGCAGUUCAUCGUUAUCAGUUUGAAGACUGGUUUGUUUCAGGGAAGUGAGAGUUUGGUGGGUGUAUUCAGAGACCAAGAAGCAAAUAGCUCGAAGACGUUGACUCUUGAUGUAAGUCCCCCUCCAGUUAUUACAAACAAUUCCAAAACUAAACUGACGUUCUUAAUAGCUUCGAAAAUAUGUUUGAUGAUGAGGAUGAGGUGUGUACAGAUAGGAAGCUUAGGUUGGCUGUAUAUGGAUAAACGCGCAUUAUAGAAUUAUGGCUCUUGUGCUGUUUUCAGCUCAUCUGCGGCUUUGCUUAUAAUUUCACGACAUGACAUGAGGGGCGCGAUAUCGAUGAUUACCUACGUAGCACAAUUGGUGCUUCCUUCCAAUGUUAAUAAUGAAUUCAUC